AUGAUUAAUGGAAAUGUGCAAACAUCUAGCAAUGAGGAGAGCAGCAGCAGCACACCGUCAAAUAAUAAUGGGGCCAAAAAGACAUUGUUCGUCUUGAAGAAAAGAAUGUUUUCAUCACCAAUUCAGAGGGCAAGUGACAUAAUAAUAUCCAGAAAUAUAUCAGAUAGCAAGGAACCCGUGGAAAAUACUGAAAUAAUAAGGCUAAGGCCUGUUGCGAAUACAAAUAUAGUGGAUAGCACAAUACAGCAAGAUCCAGAAACUAAUUGUUCUAGUGCCAACGACGAAAUUCUAUCGAGCUUCAAUCAUUUCUCCGCCGAAAUUUCUAGAAUAUCUGAACACCGAGUGAUAAAAGAGGAUGUGGACGUAAGUCAACUGUCAAAUAAUGAAAUUGACGAGUGUGGAACAAUGUACAGCGACUUAUUAGAGACAAUAAGUGACGUUUUUCUUAAUUUGCCAAAGCAUUUAAUAAAAACACAGCCAGGAUUCAAUGACUCGAUAUACACAAAAAGCAAAGCGGUUGUGGAAAAAUUGAAAAAAAUAACGAAAUAUCGUACCAUAAAAUUAAAUGCCCAACAUAAUGGUCCAAGGACGAUUUAUUCAGAGCCUUCAGUCGAAAGGUCUGUUUUAUUAGAGAACUCUUUACCAUCAUCUUCUGGCUCAGUGAUAAAUAUAUGUUCAAGCAUUGAAUCGAUUAGCGAAAAUCAAAAUGAAAGUUCAAUAAAGAAAAAAAAUAAAAGCAGUUUCGUUCCCAAAACGAGAAAAAGUACAAGUCUUGACAAUUCCAAAGACGAGCAGUCCACAUCAAGCACUUUGGAUAGAGUUAGAGCUGCAUCAGGAAAGUUACAGCCAGUACAAAAUGAGAAACCAAAACAUAUGCCUCCACCGGCUAGCUCUGUCCCAUUUCAACCUCCUUUAGGUGAUACACCCUUUUGUCCCUCAUCUGAAAACAGUGUACCAACAUCGAAAGACAAAUUUGAAUUAGACAAUGUAGAUUGGGACGAUGAUAUACAAGAUUUCAAUGAUGCUGUAGACAUACCAGUAGACGAAGCAGGUUGGCCAAUAUACAGACCCGAAGACUUUGAAAUGCAAGACGAAAGAGUAGAUGAGAGUGAUACCAAUCAAAGACAUGAAGGCGAUCGUUUCGACAAUGAAAACUAUCCUCAUUCGGUGGUUUUGAGGGAAACUAUCAAAGAGACUUUUGGAUUAAGUGAAUUCAGACCAAGUCAACUCAGGAUUAUCAACGCCACUCUCCUAAGAUACGACUGCUUCGUCAUCAUGCCAACGGGCGCCGGUAAAUCCCUAUGCUACCAGCUGCCGGCCGUGCUCACUCCCGGCGUGACCAUCGUCGUAUCGCCUCUGAUAUCGCUAAUAUUAGACCAAGUCAACAAACUGCUAACACUAGAUAUUGCAGCAGCACAUUUAUCGGGGGACUUAACAAACGUUCAAAUGAAUGAAGUUUUCCUGAAGUUAACCAUGGCAGAGCCAGCGAUCAAAUUGUUAUAUGUUACUCCUGAGAAGUUAAGCAACUCUAACAGAUUGCAAGACACUUUGGCAUCACUUUAUCAGCGCGGUAAGAUCGGCAGGUUCGUGGUGGACGAGGCGCAUUGCGUGUCGCAGUGGGGCCACGACUUCCGGCCGGACUACAAGCGGCUGAGCGCACUGCGAGAGAACUACCGCGACGUGCCGCUGAUGGCGCUCACGGCCACCGCGCCGCCGCGCGUUCGCAAUGACAUCGUGCGCCAGCUGGGGAUGGAAAGAUGCGAGUGGUUUUUAACCAGCUUCAACCGGCCGAACCUAUUUUAUAUGAUUUUGGAAAAGAAAUCUAAAAGUGUCAACCAGGACGUUGUAAACGUCAUACGCACUAAAUAUGCAGGAAAAUCGGGCAUUGUGUAUUGUCUGUCACGUAAGGAGUGCGAGACGAUGGCGGAUGACUUGCGAAGGGCAGGAGUGAAGGCGGCCGCGUACCACGCCGGCCUCGUCGACAGUAAACGCAAGAAAGUGCAGUUGGGUUGGAUAGGCGAUGAGUACGCUGUGAUAUGUGCGACGAUAGCGUUCGGUAUGGGCAUAGACAAGGCGGAUGUCCGGUUUGUCAUACACCACAGCCUGCCCAAGUCGGUGGAGGGCUAUUACCAGGAGACGGGGCGCGCCGGCCGCGACGGCGCACGGGCGGACUGCCUUCUCUACUACAACUAUGGGGAUAUCAAGAGAUAUUACAAUUUGAUGGAUAAUGACCCCAACACAAGGAAUGGUUCAGAAGCCCGUACUGUUCACGAAGACAAUCUAUCGCAUAUGAAGUCUAUAUGUGAGAAUCCAACUGGGUGUCGAAGAGUUGAAGUUCUGGCAUAUUUGGGUGAAGAGUUCCAGAAGGAAAAGUGUGGAGAAGGUGGCGCUCCCUGUGACAAUUGUACCAAAACUACUGAAUAUCAAUCCAUAGAUGUAACAGAGGAAUGUGUGGGACUGGCCCGCUUCAUGAACAGCUUCCCGUCGCGCUACACUCUGCUACAUCUCGCGGCGGCUUUACGCGGCUCCAAUCAAAAACGCAUUUCCGCCUUACAGAACACGCCUAUACACGGACGGUGGAAGAAGUGGCCCGCCGCUGAUGUGACGAGACUCUUGAGAAAAAUGGUGGCCGAUAAGUACUUGCGCGAGUUCACUGCGCCAUCGUCCAACGACUUCGUCUACAUGUAUGUGACGAUUGGGCCCAAUUACGAGAAUUUAAUAUCAGGCAGAUGUCGUGUAAUGUUUGACAUGACGAAGAUUCAACCCAAAGAAAAUGUUCCCGCACCGAACAUUGCUACAAACAAGAUUGUGACGGACAUACAGAUCCAGAUCACCAAUAUUGAGGAUCGUUGCUACGCCGAUUUGAUUGAAGCUUGCAAGCAAAUGGCAUCAGAGCGGGGCGCGUCUGUGUCCGCGCUGUUCCCGCAGAUGGCGCUGCGCGCGAUGGCGACGCGGCUGCCCGAGGCGGAGGCGGACAUGCUCGCGCUGCCGCACGUCACGCGCGCCAACUACGACAAGUACGCGCACCGCCUGCUGCCAAUCACCGCCGCGUACGCCAUCGAGAAGCUGGGUGUACAAAUGAUGCAUCAAGACGAACUGGAGAAGCAAAAUGCAGAUGAGAGUGUAUUCGAAGACGAGCCCAGUACAAGUGGUAGUGCGGGCAGAGGCAGAGGCUAUAAGAGGUACUGGCGGGCGCCAUCGCGUUCUAAAAGCCGUGGUGCCUCUCGGGGUGUGGCGAAGAGUGCAACUAAAAAGUCAGCGCCGGUACGAAGCAAGAUGGUGGCGAGAGCGCGUGCCAGCGGCGUCGGCAGAGGCGUUUCUUUGGGAGCGAUGCCACUCCCCCGCACUACAAAGGCUCCACAUAACGUGAACAAGCUGUUU